AUGUUCCGGCUUUUGACCGCCUGCUGGUCUCGACUAAAGACACCAGAAGAGACACGAAGGAAUGUGACCAUACCUAUCAUUGGCUUGGACAACUCAGGCAAAACUCUUCUCGUGGAGACAUUCCAAAAAUUACUUCCCAGUAAGACAGACCAUUGUAUGAAAUCGGAACUGACUACACUUUUGUUAGAUAAGUAUGAACUUUCCAUCUAUGACCUGAAUGGAGACCUGAAGGGCCGAGAAGCAUGGCCAAACUACUACGCACAAGCACAUGGGCUUGUUUUCGUCCUGGAUUCCAGUGAUAUAAGACGCAUGCAGGACGUGAGGAUCAUCUUAACACAUCUGCUGCCUGAUAAAAGAGUGGCAGGGAAACCCAUCUUACUCCUAGCAAACAAACAGGACAAGAAGAAGGCCCUCAUGCCUGGUGAUAUUAUUGAUUAUCUGUUUCUAGACAAACUUGUGAAAGAGAAUAAAUGCCCAUGCCGAUUGGAGCCAUGUUCAGCCAUCAGCAAUCCUGACAGAAGAAACCAUCAGCCCAUAGUUGAAGGACUGCGCUGGCUGUUAGCUGUCAUUGCUACUCGCCAACUACCACCCACCUUGAGCAUCCCAAUCUCCAAGGAAAACAGAGGCUCUGGAGAAAGAUGCUCUUCAAGCAGCUUCUCCACCAGAAGUGAAAUGCCAAAGAAGAAAAGGCAGCAUCUAGAACAAUAUUCAGUAGAAGCUAAGCCUCUAAAGUCAAUCCUACAGAAAGAAGGUACAAGAUUACGGCCUAAAAAGAAUAUGUCAGUAACAUUUGCUUUACAUGAUGAACCCAUGAAAGAAGCUGAACAUUCUAGAAGAACUAGAACUCAGAAUACUAUGGAGCUUUGCUACAAACGAAGCUCCAUAUGUUGAUGACAAUAUUUUUUAAGGUAAUGUUGGAUCAGUGGUUAGAGAAGAAAAUGUACAUAGGCCUUCCCUAACAAUUUCUACAAUAGUAUUCCAAUUUCGAGCCUGAAAUUCUUUCCUCACUCUAUGGUUGGUGAUU